AACCAACGACUCUCUAACCAACACAACAACCUCUUUCACUACUACCCACGCCAACUACCACCACUAAUCUUCAAGAGACGAAUUAUCCUUUCUCCUUCAACCUUCACUAGCUUUCGCUUUUAAUCCACAACACAACAACUAUCAAUCAAUAUGACCGGACGCGGAAAGGGCGGAAAAGGUCUUGGAAAGGGAGGAGCAAAGCGUCAUCGCAAGAUUUUGCGUGAUAACAUUCAAGGUAUUACCAAGCCAGCCAUCCGUCGUCUCGCUCGUCGUGGCGGUGUCAAGCGUAUCUCUGCCAUGAUCUACGAAGAGACCCGUGGUGUCCUCAAGACCUUCCUUGAAGGUGUCAUCCGUGAUGCAGUCACCUACACAGAGCACGCCAAGCGCAAGACCGUCACCUCUCUCGACGUUGUCUAUGCCCUCAAGCGCCAGGGCCGUACUCUCUACGGUUUCGGUGGUUAAACAUCCUUCAAUUUCUUGUUUUUUUCGGUGUUUUUUCCAAAAAAAGGGAUGAUGGGAGGGAACUUUCAAUGCGGGUGAUGUUCGAGCUUUUUCCUUUUGUUGAAGAAAUCUUUUCCCUUGUUUCUUUUACAGUCGAGGAGGGGGAGGCUUCGUGUUUCGAUUUGUAAUAGCUAGUCCAUGCGCUACGGUGAUUGUUUUAUGCUUGUCUGGAUUCUGAAUAAUUGGGUUCUACAUACAAUCUUUUUUUCUUUCGCGCGCAGUGCUGUUCUAAAAGUUCAUGUCUGCUCUCAAGACGAAAAUGCAAAAGAAGCAUAAAAACCGCAAA